AUGCGAAUGAAACAAUCACUUUUGGGCGAAAUAAUGACGAGGCAUCAUGAUAAGCGAAUAGAUAAGAAUGAAAGGAAAAAAAAAUUCAAACAUCGUAAACGUAGCCUUACACCAGUAAAGAAACGCAGUCGUAGAAGGCGUUCUCCGUCCGAAACUUCUUCAUCGUCAUCAUCAUCGUCAAGCAUUCGUACUCCUAUAUCUUCUCUUAGAAAUUCACAAGUUGUGCCACCACCUCCGCCUCCUCCACCAUUGCCUGUAAAUAUUCCAGCAUUUGUUCCUCCACCACCAGCUCCUAUUGGUAUGGAUCCGGCUUCUUAUCAGGCGGCCAUAUCGGCUUAUACUGCUCAAUAUGGAUAUGGUGGUCAGUUUCCCUUCGGAUUCACAGCUCCUGUUAUACCACCUCCUCCAUAUUCUCAACCUCCUCUUGUUCCACCACCACCUGUGGCGCCAGAACCUAUAAUUCCCCCACCACCACUACCACCUAUGCCUGCUGCUUUGCCGCCUCCAGCACCGCCGAUAAAUCAGCCUCCACCACCUGCACCUCAAUUAUCCUGUAGUACUACAACAUCAAUGAAUACAUUGCCUCCACUUCCAUUGCCGAGAGUACCGCAGUUAACCACACCAUCAGUUUCUGCAUCUCCAUCAAAACGUACUUUCUGUCGACCGUUAGUGUUAAAUAAACGUUUGAAGUUACGCGAAGAUACCGAAAACUGGGGCUGUUCAACGGUUGAGAAGUAUGAGAUAAAAACUCAAGUCGGUGAAGGAACAUAUGGGAAAGUAUAUAAAGCAGUUGAUAAAUAUACAAAAGAAGUAGUUGCUUUAAAGAAAAUCCGACUGGAAAUUGAAAAAGAAGGUUUUCCUAUAACAGCGAUUCGUGAAAUUAAAAUUCUACGGCAAUUACAUCACAAAAACAUUGUACGAUUGAUUGAUAUUGUAACGGAUAAGCAAACAGCUGCUGAUUUCCGUCGCGAUAAAGGAGCUUUUUACCUUGUUUUUGAAUAUCUUGACCAUGAUCUAAUGGGAAUUUUGGAAAGUCAUUUUGUGGAUUUCAAUGAUGAACAGAUUGCUUCUGUAAUUAAGCAGCUUCUCUCUGGUCUCGAAUAUUGCCAUUCGAUUGGAUUUUUGCAUAGAGAUAUUAAAUGUUCAAAUAUUUUGCUGAAUAACAAGGGCGAAAUCAAAUUAGCUGAUUUUGGACUGGCUCGACUCUAUGACGAAGAAUUGGACAGGCCUUAUACGAACAGAGUUAUUACACUUUGGUAUCGUCCUCCUGAGUUGUUGCUUGGCGAAGAGCGCUAUUCGACUGCUAUUGAUGUUUGGAGUGUAGGAUGUAUACUUGGUGAAUUAUACACGAAAAAACCACUUUUUCAAGAAUAUACAGAAAUGGAGCAACUUGAAACGAUUGCUAAAUUAUGUGGUACACCUUCGCCUGAAAAUUGGCCAGAAGUGAUUCGGCUUCCUUUGUAUCAUACUUAUCGGCCAAGGAAAACUUAUCCAAGGAUAAUAAAGGAUACUUUCGCAUUCAUAAGUGCCAGACCGUUGGAUUUGUUAGACAAGAUGCUAGAACUGGAUCCGCGAAAGCGUAUAUCUUCAAAAAAUGCUCUGAUUCAUUCAUGGCUGAAAGAUAUCGAUCCUUCGGUAAUCGAGCCACCAAAAUUGCCUGAUUGGCAAGAUUGUCAUGAAAUGUGGUCUAAGAAACAGCGAAAAAGUAAAUCUUCAAUGAAUUCUGCUGUCCAAGUACCUGCACCACCUUUAGUGAAUCAGGCGAGCCAUCUGAGCACCCAGCAUUCAGUAGUGCGUUCUUUCAUUUCACAACAGCCUAGCACAAGCCACAAUGAAUCUAUUUCGCGACCAUUAUUAUCAAGCGGGUAUAUGAAGCAAACUUCUUCAUCGAGUCACGAUGCGAAGAGUCAAUUGUGUAAGCGAUCUGGCUAUUUUUAA